GGUAAACUGUGCUUAAUUUUUGCCAAAUAACCAUCGUUUCACUUGAUUGACUACGAAAAAAAGAGGGCUACGUUAAGUCUCAUGUUGUAUUGUAUUGCUGAGAGGCUUGUGGUCACGGAGGAAUCGGGAAUCGAGAUAAAAUUUGGGAUAGAGUAGGAACACGUUGUUGUGUUUACCUGUGUGGGGCCGCGCGGUGUCUGGCCUGCAACUGCUAUGGCUUAUGUUGUGCGGACAAGCGGCUCUAUGAAGUCCCUUGCACACAGGCGAAACUAUUAGGCCGUCAAUCAUACCAAUAAGUGUAGAUUUAGUCCACUUUUUGUGGCAAGCAUCCUCAACGUGCAAUAGGAAGAUGCCGCGUGUCAAAGGUGAAAAGAAGAGCCAGUCGGCUAUUGACAAGGUGGUGACUCGUGAGUACACCAUCAACAUGCACAAGAGAUUGUAUGGAGUGUCUUUCAAGAAGAGGGCACCUCGUGCUAUCAAGGAAAUCCGCAAGUUUGCCAAGAAGCAAAUGAACACAGAAGAUGUGCGUUUGGAUGUCAGGCUUAACAAGCACAUCUGGUGCAGGGGAAUCAGGAAUGUUCCCUUCCGCAUUCGAGUUCGUCUUUCCCGUCGCCGCAAUGAGGACGAAGACUCCACUCACCCAUUCUACACCCUUGUAACCUUUGUCCCUGUUGCUUCCUUUAAGGGACUAGGAACUGAGAAUGUAGAUGAAGGCUCUGAUGAUUAAAGUGGGAGAAAUUUAAA